AUGCUGGUGGAACUCCUCCCGCUCCGUUGCAUUGUUCAGAGUUCUGAAAAUCAAAAUAAAUCCAGUCUCGCAGUUGAAGUUUCCAUCACAUCCAGUUCUGGCCCAAACACGUCCGGCAGUCCAUGCAUCGUCUACUUCGAUGUUUCUCGAUUGACCUCCAUCAAGUUUGAAACCUCCUCCAGCUGGAUUUCCGGGUCCGAGAAUUCCUGGCCAAAUGGUGAAUGGGCAUUUGUUGUAGAUGGUAAUGGUACGAGAUUCAACGGCGACUGCCAAAAGAAGGACAGCGAUGAUGAGCUUGGUGAAGGCCAUCACUGA